AUGAAGAUCAAAAAGAGUUUUAAAAAUGUAUGGAUAAUAAUAGUAGCAUGGAAUUCUCCAGUAUUAUCAAAAUUUAGUUCAAACAAUACAGAAGUCAAUCCCCUAGGAGCACCGUUGUCAGUAGUUCAAUUAUCAAUAUGUACAUCAAUAUUUCCAACAGGAUCGUUAAUAUCAGCUGCCAUUAUAACCAAACUGCCGGAUAUUUUCGGCAGGAAAAAAACAUUGAUCUACAUAGCAACUGUUGGAUUAACAUCGCUUGUUGUAUUAUCGUUUGUUAAUAAUUUCUGGUUGUAUUGCAUAAUCUUUUUAAUUUCAACUAUCAGUAUAUCGGCUGGUAUAAUAGUGGUGCCAACGUACGUAUCAGAAAUAUCCGAAAUUCAGAACAGAGGAUCUCUAGGAACAGUAGUAGCGAUAUCAAAAACUUUAGGACAAUUAUACACAUUUUUAUUGGCUCCAGUAACAAAUUUUAGUACCUUUUGUUUAUGUUGUGGAGCACCAUUAUUAUUACAUAUUUUAAUGUCCUUUUUUACACAAGAAUCUCCAGUUUUUCUUUAUAUCAAGGGCGAUACUGAAAGAGCUAAAAUAUCUUUAAAAAAAUUAAGACGAAAUAGAAUGCCCAUUGAGCUAGAAGAAGAAAUGAAAGAAAAAGAAAAAAUGCUUCAAACUAAGCUAACUGUGAGUCCCUAUAGGGUUUUAUUUCAAAGUCCCGCAGGAAAAAAAGCCUUCCUUUUGGCCUUAAUGAUUCGUUCUACACCGGUUUUAUCUGGUGUAUAUAUUAUUUUGUCGUUUUUGAGUAAGCUUUUAAACGAAGCUGGUACAAACCUUAUCUUCAUUGCCUACGGAAAUAUAUUAGCAUGGAACUCUCCUGUAUUAACAACAUUUAGUUCAAAUAAUACAGAGGUCAAUCCCUUAGGAACACCGUUGACAGUAGUUCAGUUGUCAAUAUGUACAUCAAUAUAUCCAAUAGGAUCAUUAAUAUCAGCUCCCAUUAUAACCAAACUGCCAGAUAUUUUUGGAAGGAAAAGAAUAUUGAUCUACUUAGCAACCAUUGGAUUAACUUCGUUUGUUGUAUUAUCGUUUAUUAAGAGUUUUUGGUUGUAUUGUAUUACCUUCUUAAUUUUAACUAUCACUAUAUCUGCUGGUACAAUAGUGGUACCAACGUACGUAUCAGAAAUAUCCGAAAUUCAAAACAGAGGAUUUUUAGGAACAGCAGUAGCGAUAUCGAAAACUGUAGGACAAUUAUACACAUUUUUAUUGGCUCCAGUAACAAAUUUUAGAACCUUUUGCUUAUGUUGCGCAGCACCAUUGCUACUACAUAUUUUAAUAUCUUUUUUUACACAAGAAUCUCCAGUUUUUCUUUUUAUCAAGGGCGACCCUGCUAGAGCUAAUAUAUCUUUAAAAAAAUUAAGACGAAAUAAAAUACCCAUUGAGCUAGAAGAAGAAAUGAAAGAAAAACAAAAUAUGCUUCAAACUAAGCACACUAUGAGUUCCUAUAAGAAUUUAUUCCAAAGUAGCGCAGGGAGAAAAGCCUUCUUUUUGUCCUUAAUGAUUCGUGAUACUUCAUCUUUAUCUGGUAUAUAUAUUAUUGUAUCAUUUUUAAGACCGCACAGUGGUGCAUGUGUGAUAUUGGAACGUAUACUUGAAAAGAAAUUUCUUUAUUUUCCUUGCCGACAUCAUGUUUAUGAAUUAGUUCUUCAGAAAGCAUGUCAAACAUGUUUAUCUGCAACGUCAGGUUCAAAUGUUUCUACGUUUGAACGAUUCCGGCAAACUUGGAAAAAUAUUGAUCAAAGUAAUCACAUAACUGGAUUGGACAAUGAAAUCAUACGUGAUAAAGUCAUGGACAAAAGAGAUGCUGUAUUCCCAUUUAUUUCCGAAUAA